AGUGUUUUAGGCUAGCGGCAGCCACGCUACCGGAAGCUAGCUUCCCAGUUAUGGGCCGCAACAAGAAGAAGAAGCGAGAUGGAGAUGACCGGCGGCCCCGGGUCGUCCUCAACUUCGAUGAAGAGAAGCGGCGGGAGUACCUGACAGGCUUCCACAAACGGAAGGUGGAGCGGAAGAAGGCAGCCAUCGAGGAGAUAAAGCACCGACUUAAGCAGGAGCAGAAGAAGCUCCGGGAAGAGCGCCACCAGGAAUACCUGAAGAUGCUGGCAGAAAGAGAGGAGGCUCUAGAGGAGGCGGAUGAGCUGGAGCGGCUGGUGACAGCAAAGACCGAGUCGGUGCAGUACGACCACCCCAAUCACACAGUUACCGUGACCACCAUCAGUGACCUGGACCUCUCAGGGGCCCGGCUGCUAGGUCUGCCCCUGCCUGAGCAAGGGGACCUGGAUGGGUCCCAGGAGGAAGUGCCGUCCAUGGAGAAGCCAACAAAAGCCUUGCCCAGGAAGUCCAAAGAUCCCUUGCUGUCUCAGCGCAUCUCCUCCCUCACAGCCACACUGCAUGCACACAGUCGGAAGAAGGUCAAGAGGAAACACCCUCGGCGGGCCCAGGACUCCACCAAGAAACCACCCAGUGCCACACGUACCAGCAAGACUCAGCGCCGCCGCCGGAUGACUGGAAAAGCCAGGCACAGCGGGGAGUGAGCCCUUGAGAAGAAGCCUGUGGCUCCCCAGCCAAAGUCCUUGGCUGUCACCCAGCUAUGCCGAGGGGUAACUGCAGCCUAAACCUGGAAACAGGACAUCUCCAGCCUGGGGCCAUCUCGCUUGGGAACCACCCUGGGCUUCGAGCCCGGAAGGAAUGGGCUUCCUAGAGCCCCAGGAGCCUGCAGAGCGGUGUCAGGGUUUCUUCACACCUGUACAUCCACCUGGGACUCAACAGUCUUUGAAACUUCUCUGUG